GGACCCUCCCACUCCAGGCGGAACUAAACAUGAAUGCAGGAGGCUACGGAGCCGGCUUCGACUUGAGGAUGUGGCUUCUGUGCGUCCUGCUGCUGUCGCUGCUCUCUGCUGUGUGUAAUGGCGCAGACUCCAAGGCUGUCACCACCACCCUGACAACCAAAUGGGCAGAUACUCCUCUGCUGCUGGAGGCCAGUGAAUUUCUGGCAGAGGAGAGUCAGGAGAAGUUCUGGGACUUUGUGGAGGCCAAUCAGAACAUAGAGGGAGAGCAUGACGACACAGAUCAGGCCUACUAUGACCUGAUUAUAAAGAAAGCCAGCGCCUUACUCAGCUCCGUCCAGGUGAACAUGUUGAAGUUCGCCCUCUCCCUGAGAGCCUAUUCUGCAACAGUGCACUCUUUCCAACAGAUUGCGUCCAAUGAGCCGCCUCCCUCAGACUGCUCAGCAUUUUUCAGCGUCCACGGCGAAAAGACGUGUGAUGCAGGAGGUUUAGAAGCGCUGCUGAAAACAGCUCCUGAGAGGCCAAAGCCAUAUCUUUUCAAAGGGGAUCACAAGUACUUAGGAUCGAAUCCAGAUGCUCCUGUUGUCAUUCUGUAUGCUGAGUUUGGGACGUCAGAUUUCCAAAAGCUCCAUGAAGUCGUAUCAUCAAAAGUCCAUGAAGGCCUGGUGACAUAUGUGCUCCGACAUUACCUGGCUAAACCGGGUGCAAAGAAAGUCUAUCUGUCGGGGUACGGAGUGGAGCUAGCAAUCAAGAGCCAGGAGUAUAAGGCAAAGGAUGACACUCAAGUUCAAGGCGCCGAGGUGAAUGCUACAGUGAUCGGGGAGAACGAUCCAGUGGACGAGGUCCAGGGAUUCCUUUUUGGCAAGCUGAAGACCAUCUAUCCAGAGCUGAAAGAGCAGUUAAAGGAGCUGAGGAAACAUUUGGUGGAGAGCACCAAUGAAAUGGCUCCUCUUAAAGUCUGGCAGAUGCAAGAUCUAAGUUUCCAGACGGCAGCUCGCAUCCUUGCUGCUCCUGCAGCAGAAGCCCUCAACGUCAUGAAAGACCUUAGUCAGAACUUCCCAACAAAAGCCAGGUCCAUCACUAAAACUGUGGUCAACUCCGAUGUACGCAGAGAGAUCGGCGAGAACCAAAAGUUUUUUAAAGGGACUCUUGGCCUGCAGCCUGGAGAUUCAGCUCUGUUCAUCAACGGCCUGCAUAUAGAUCUGGACACGCAGGACAUCUUCAGCGUGUUUGAGGUGCUGCGCAGUGAGGCGAGGGUGAUGGAGGGUCUUCGCUCUCUGCAAAUCGAGACCCCGUUUAUCCACGACAUCCUGAAGCUCAACGUCCAGCCCUCUGACUCCGACUACGCUGUCGACAUUCGCAGCUCUGCCAUCAAUUGGAUUAACAACUUGGAGACGGACCACAGGUACAGUGCAUGGCCGUACAACGUGCAGGAGCUGCUCAGGCCCACCUUCCCAGGAGUCAUCAGGCAGAUCCGCAAGAACUUCCACAACCUGGUGAUCAUUCUGGACCCAACUCAGGAGAACGCUGUGGAGCUGCUCAGCGUUGCAGAGAUGUUUUAUUCUAACAACAUCCCACUCAGAAUCGGGCUGGUGUUUGUGGUGACCAAUGAAGAUGACAUAGACGGCAUGCAGGACGCAGGCGUGGCCCUUGUUCGAGCUUACAACUACAUCAGUGACGAGGUGGAUAGUCAGAGUGCCUUUGAGGCUGUCAUCUCUAUGUUCAACCGGGUUCCUGUUGGUGGAAAGUUAAGCGUUGGAGAUGUGGUGAAAGUUCUGGAAAAGAGGUUUCCUUACGUGGAGGUCAGCAGCGUCCUGGGAGCCGACUCCAGCUACGACAGCAACAGGAAGGAUGGCCGUGCAUACUAUGAGCAGACAGGGGUGGGCCCGUUGCCUGUGGUCAUGUACAACGGGGUACCGUACCAGCCCGAACAGCUGGACCCAGAUGAGCUGGAGACAGUCACCAUGCAAAAGAUCCUGGAGACCACCUCGUUCUACCAGCGGGCUGUCUACCUGGGUGAGCUGGCGACAGAUCACGACGUCGUGGACUUCAUCAUGAAUCAGCCCAACGUCGUUCCACGAAUAAACCCCCGAGUGCUUUCCACCAGCAGGACAUACCUGGAUUUGUCUGACACCAACAAUUUCUUCAUCGACGAUUACGCUCGCUUCUCAACGCUCGACACCAAAGAGAAGAGCACCGCCGUGGCCAACAGCCUGAACUAUAUGACCAAGAAAGGGAUGACCACCACCAACAGGCAUGAUGACGGUUUCAUCCGGCCCGUGACCUUCUGGGUGGUUGGAGACUUUGACAAGCCCUCGGGACGUCGGCUUCUUUAUGAUGCCAUCAGACACAUGAAAACCAGCAACAAUGUCCGACUUGGGAUGAUCAAUAACCCGUCAGCCGCUCCAUCCACGGAGACGAGUCGCGUGGCCCGAGCAAUCUGGGCUGCCAUGCAGACGCAAUCAGCCAAUAACGCCAAGAACUUCAUCACCAAGAUGACUAAAGAAGAUACCGCUGCUGCUCUGGAGAAGGGCGUCGACAUCGGAGAGUUUGCUGUUGGGGGUAUGGAUGUGUCACUGUUUAAGAGUGCUUAUGAAGGUCAGAAACAUGACUUCCUGCUCUCCCACGCCGCCUACUGCAGAGAUGUGCUCAAACUAAAGAAAGGACAAAAAGCAGUCAUUAGCAAUGGAAGGAUCAUUGGUCCACUGGAGGAGGAGGAGGUUUUCAACCAGGAUGACUUUUUGCUGCUGGAGAGCAUCAUCCUGAAAACAUCUGGAGAACGAAUCAAAGGCAAAGUCCAGCAGUUUGGAAUCGAGGACGACAGGGCCAGCGAUUUGGUGAUGAAGGUGGAUGCUCUCCUGUCCUCUCAGCCUAAAGGAGAAGCCCGGGUCGAGUACGACUUUGCAGAUGAUCGCUACAGUGCUGUGAAGAUCCGUCCUAAGGAGGGGGACGUCUACUUUGAUGUCAUUGCUGUUGUGGAUCCUGUGACGAGAGAUGCACAGAAGCUUGCUCCUCUCCUGUUGGUUCUGAAGCAGCUGAUAAACGUCAACCUACGGGUUUUCAUGAACUGCCAGUCCAAACUGUCGGAGUUGCCCCUUAAGAGUUUUUACCGUCACGUCUUGGAGCCAGAAGUUGCGUUCCAGGUGGACGGUAGUUUCGCUCCUGGUCCCAUGGCUAAGUUCUUGGACAUGCCUCAGUCCCCUCUCUUCACCCUGAACCUCAUCACUCCUGAGAGCUGGAUGGUGGAAUCCGUGCACACCCGCUACGACCUGGACAACAUCUACCUGGAGGAGGUAGAGAAUAUUGUAGCAGCAGAGUACGAGCUGGAGCACCUUCUUUUGGAAGGCCAUUGUUUUGAUGUGAGUUCGGGGCAGCCUCCGCGUGGCCUCCAGUUCACCCUGGGAACUGCCUCCGAGCCGGUCAUUGUGGAUACUAUCGUCAUGGCCAACCUGGGUUACUUUCAGCUGAAGGCAGCUCCAGGCGCCUGGAUCCUGAAGCUGAGGAAAGGUCGCUCUGAUGAAAUCUACAAGAUUUACAGUCAUGAUGGCACAGACUCUCCAGCCGACUCAGAUGACAUCAUAGUCGUGCUGAACAACUUCAAGAGCAGGAUCAUAAAAGUCAAGGUUCAGAAGAAACCGGACAAGUUCAACGAGGAGCUGCUGAGUGAUGGUACGGAGGAAAACGACACUGGCUUCUGGAAAUCUCUCACCAGAGGGUUCACUGGUGGAGGAAAGUCAGAGGAGCAGAAGCAGGAGAAGGAUGACGUGAUCAACAUCUUCUCUGUGGCCUCGGGGCAUUUAUACGAGAGGUUCCUCAGGAUUAUGAUGCUGUCAGUUCUGAAGCACACCAAGACUCCAGUAAAGUUCUGGUUCCUAAAGAAUUACCUGUCCCCCACUUUCAAGGAGUUUAUCCCUCACAUGGCCAAGCAGUAUGGUUUCCAGUACGAGCUGGUCCAGUACAAGUGGCCUCGCUGGUUACACCAACAGACAGAGAAGCAGAGGAUCAUCUGGGGCUACAAGAUCCUGUUUCUGGACGUGCUGUUUCCCCUUGCUGUGGAUAAGAUCCUCUUUGUAGAUGCAGACCAGAUUGUGAGAACAGACCUGAAGGAGCUGCGUGAUUUCGACUUAGACGGAGCUCCUUAUGGCUACACUCCAUUCUGCGAGAGCCGGCGGGAGAUGGACGGAUACCGCUUCUGGAAGUCAGGCUACUGGGCGAGCCACCUCGCUGGCCGUAAAUACCACAUCAGUGCUCUGUACGUGGUCGACCUGAAGAAGUUCAGAAAAAUAGCUGCAGGGGACCGACUCAGAGGACAGUACCAGGGGCUCAGCCAAGACCCCAACAGCCUCUCAAACCUGGAUCAGGAUCUGCCUAACAACAUGAUCCACCAAGUUCCCAUCAAGUCCCUGCCUCAGGAGUGGCUCUGGUGUGAGACCUGGUGUGACGACACCUCAAAGAAGAGCGCCAAGACUAUAGACUUGUGUAACAACCCCAUGACCAAGGAGCCAAAGCUGCAGGCUGCGGUGAGGAUUGUGGCCGAGUGGACCGAUUAUGACCAAGAGAUUAAACGUCUGCAGACCAGAGUCCAGGAGGGAGCCAACGACACAGCCAAGCAGCAAAGCACAGACGCUCACACAGAGCUGUGAGGAUCCUGCUGUGUUCCUGAUGAAGAGCGGACUGAACUCUGUUUAAAGAGUCUUCUCAUGAAGAGGCUCCGCUCCUGCCUGAGGAGGGCGCUGCUGACAUGCUGAUCAGUCCUCAAUGGUUAAACUUCUCAGUUCUUUUACAACGUCUGAAGAGGAGCUUCAGCGUGGGCGAUUUUUUUCUGUGUGAGUGCGAGUGGUGAGAAUGUUUUCAGUGAAGCGAAUCAUAAAGAUAAAUUCUAUUUUUUAUUCCGGGUGUAAUUUUCUGUAUCACGUGUUGCUCUGUAUGUUUGCACUGAUUGGGACUCUGGUUCAGGCUGUGGAUGAAGCACAAAGGGGAGAGGACUGCAGGAAAUCUCACUGCUGAUUCUCUUAGGUUUAAAUUUUUACCAAACAUUUGGUGUUGGGAUGGAUUUCUGCACACUGACAGGAGUUAGACCUGGCUGUUCGACCUCUUCUCAGCUGUGAAGAUCACAGGGGGAGAAGAGUUUUACCUUAUUUUAUUUAAUGAUCAUGAAAAACAGGAUUAGUUUGUCAAAUUUAAGAGCUAAAGACUUGAGCUCAUAUUUCAUUCGGUACUAUCCAUAGCAAAGAAAAUAAAGGUAAAGCUGGCUACACAUAUUAAAAUAAAUUUACUUUUUAUGUGUGCCUGGUCUCAUAAAUUCAGGCAGCAAUGUGACGUUUUUGGAGUCCUUUAAAUAUAAAUCAAAUCUGAAAAAGGAAAGGAAGUGAGAAAAUCCAGGUAAAUGUUUAUGAAUAAAAAAACUGUUUUUAGUCUAAAGUAUUUCUCAAGAAUCAUUUCAACCUAGUAGAGAUGUUUACUGUUCUGUUCAGCCCCGAGGGCAGAAUCUAGAAACGGUUGGCUACAUCAGGAUGGUGUUUACCCUCAUCUGUUAUUUGAAAUAGAAAUUAAAAUCAGCAGGUUUUCAGUCCCGUUUCUUGUAGAGUACUGACCCCACAGUGUCUCUUUUGAAGACGUUUUAAGGCUCGAGCCGCAGCAAAAUGUUUGACUCAUGAGAGACUGAAGAGUUUGUGAUGCUGCAAGAAACCAUAGGCUGGACAUAAAAACAGACAAAGCCUUAGGGGCGUCAUCAGUUGCAUUGGUUCCCAGCUGGGGUGUGAGACCCCCUAUAAGGGGCGCCAAAGAUCGCAGAAGGGUGCAAGGCUUUGUCUACUCUUAGGUUGUCAAAGUCGAAUCGGCAUAUAUUAAAUAAGAUCAUGGAAAAAAAUCUAUUCAGUAGUUUAAACAAGUCUUUUGUAUGAUAACCAUGUUUUCUUCGGGUUUUGUCAAUAAAAUGAUUAAAAUUGCUGUUGAUUUUUGACAGCACUUUUUUUAUUCAUGUGGGUUUUUAGGGUGUUCAGCUUCUUUAGAAACCAGUGUGGAGGGCUCCAGGGAAUAAAGACUGGGAACCUAACUUUCUAUCAUUGCUUAAAGAACUGGAGCUGAAGCAGGGCUUAGAGCCAUUACAGACUGGGUGCAUGUUUGCUGCAUGAUGGUUGCGAUGUGUAUCUGCUUCAGCCUGCGCUGAUAUACCGGGGGUGCAGGUGGGCCGUGUCUCCCUGCUGUCACAACCUGGUAUUAGGGAUGCACGAUGUUGGCUGAUACUUACAAGUACAUUUUAGCAGAUACCAAUAUUUAAAUCUAUUUCAGAUCUAAAACGCACAAUUUAAAGUUUGAGGAUGAAUUAAUCAAGAAAUUUCUGUCUUUUAAAGCAGCGUUUCCUAACUGGUUGAGCCCCAGGACCCACCAUCAACUAUUCACUGAGAAACUGCAACCCAAAUUUCAAAUAUUUUUCGACCAUAUGUAUUUAUUAGAUGAAAAAUAGUACAGCUAGGACCUCCAACAGUACAAGAAACUUGACAAACAGAGAGACAGGACAAACCAAGCAUGUUGUGACAGAGUUUCAUGGACUUUUUGACUUAACUUUUGCAUCUAGAACACAUUUACAACCCACUUUUGGGUCCCAACCUACCUGUUGAACACCAUUACUUUAACGUGUAAGGAAUGAUGAUAAAGAAAAAUACUCAAGCUGGUGUAGGUCUGUUAGUCUAGACUAAAACUCCACUAACAUGUUUGCUUGUACUGCUGACAUUUACAGCUGAUAUAGGCUGAUUUUAUAGCCAGAAUAUCGGCUGUAAAUAUCAAUAAUUGAAACCAUAAUUGACCCUGAUAAAUGCUGACACAAUAAUUCCCUUUUAAGCUAUUAUUUGACAAUAUCAUGCCCACAAUAUUGUGCAUCCUUUUCUGAUAUUUCUUGACAAGUUUUACCUCCCUACAAGUGACUCAGCAAAUUGGCCAGGAAAAUUUCAAAAUAAAAGAGAAGUUUCUUCCAAAGAUUGUGAAUGUUUAGAAAAGCACAAACUGAAGCAUAAUUUAACCACGCUUGAUAUCUAAGGAUAUAUGAUAUUUUUGGUUUUAGCAGAUAUGAGUGUUUCUGCUGAUAUUUUGGCCAUAAAAAUCUGCCUAUAUCAGCCUAAAUAUUCAUCAUACAAGACUGGAAUUUGUUGAUUUGUUCAUCCUAAAACUCAAGAUUGUGUGUUUUAAGGAAUGAAUUUUAAGGUCUCAACUAAAUUUAAAUAUCAAUAUCAGCUAAAACCAUUAAGCAAAUAUCGGUGUAUCAGAUAUUAGCAAAAAUCCAAUAUUGUGCAUCCCUUAAUAUUGCUCUUUAUUCUUCAUUUCCCGUCUUUUGCUGAGAGGUGCAUACGCCUCUUAGUGAAAGAAGGCGAGCCUUCUAUUCCCCAGAUUGUCUCCUGGCAGUCUGAAAACCUUUAGUUAACAUGUGUGCUGUAAUGAAAACCAAGCCAUGAUGUUGCAGUUACACAGCUGCCACGCACCUAGUCUGAACAGCCGUUAACCCUCCUGACAAACGGCUGAACUAGCCAUGAAACCAAAACGUGAGCUCAAAAACCCCACCCCUCGUACAGUGUGCUGAUGAAGACGUAUUCAGAACAAACAUGCUUCUCAAACCAGGCUGGGAACGUUUAUUUCUGCUGUAAUAAUUUGAAUAGGUGUGUAUGGGACUUGUGUGGCUCCUGCAGCCAGCUUCUAGUCAACGUUUUUUUUUUUUUUUUUGCACCCCCACUUUGGCUCCUUUUUCUAACACAGGAGGUGAACACUUGUAAGGAACCAGGAGCCAUGACUUUGGACUUUGAUUUCUCUGUCUCUGGGUAUUGUCUACAAGUCCGUCUAUUUCCUCCUGUUAUGGCUGAGAUAUUUUUGUUAAAUAAAAACCCAAUUUGU